AUGAACAGCAGAGCAGUUCAUCUGGACGUAGCGCGGUCAUUGGAGACUGAUGCUUUCAUCCUAGUUCUUAUCAGGUUUUUGAACAGAAGAGGGCACGUGAAAGAAAUACGUUCUGACAAUGGGACAAAUUUCGUCGGGGCUGAACGUGAUAUUCAAGACGCCAUAAAACAGCUGGAUAAAACGAAGCUGACCAGCGAAUUAGCCAUAAGAGGGUGCAAUUGGGUUUUUCAUCCACCAGGAGCCUCACAUAUGUCGGGAGUAUGGGAAAGAUUGGUUCGAACUGUGAAAAGAAGUUUAAAGGCUAUAGUCGGUAAAGAUCUAGUCAACGAGGAAGUGUUGUACACUGUUUUUACGGAAGCUGAACGCAUCGCCAAUUCACGGCCGUUGACACGGAAUCCUGUAAGCGUAAAUGAUGAUGAACCCCUUACACCAAACCAUUUCCUGAAUGUUCGACCUGCUAUGAACCUACCACCCGAGAUUAUUUCUGAGAAUGACAGAUACAGCCGAAAGAAAUGGAGACAAGCACAACUACUUGCAAAUCACUACUGGAAACGAUGGUUACAAGAAUACCUACCGUCAUUGCAAAAAAGAGGGAAAUGGAACCAGCCACAGAGAAACGUACAAGUAAAUGAUCUCGUUCUUAUUGCGGACGAUAACGUACCCAGAAACACGUGGCCUAUGGGACGAAUUGUUGAUGUAUUCCCUGGUAACGAUGGAUUAGUAAGAACUGUUGACGUCAGAGCAAAGAACUCAGUUUACAGACGACCUGUUGCAAAAAUAUGUUUAUUGGAAGCAGCUGAUAACCAAAUUUUAUAA